AUGCUGUUCUAUAACUGGCUGAACCACGUAGGCGUAGGAGGUGACCGAAUCGUGGUUGACUUGGUGCACGCUGCACAACGACUGGUCGGAAGUGUUGCGGGUUGCGGUGUGUGCGGAUGGGUUAAGGGGAGAGGAGGGGGAGGGGAGGGGGGAAUGGAGUUAGGGAGGACACAUACAAACCCGAUGAGUAGGACGGUGGCAGCCAGUUGGUCACCUGGGUGCGAAAGGAGAAGAGGACGAGUCUUGGAGCAAGUUCUGUGUUUGGAAGCAAUUUACGAGCAAGAAGCAGACACAAUGUUGUUGUCCAAAAACUACCUGGUCUUCGUCCAGGCAGAGAUUCUAACCUUUUUGAUGUACUUCGUUCGAGUUUCAGAUGCCACAGCAACAUGUCAGGACCUGGAAUGUCCAGCUGAACAGACCUGCGUGAUGAAACCAGUGAUGUGUGUACGGGCACCUUGUGAUCCUAUACCCAUUUGUGAAGCGGCCGACGCUAAGCCUGGGUCUUGCCCUAGAGUUCAUUUGACGGACUUGGGGUCGUGUGUCAGUAACUGUCAAACGGACAGGGAAUGUGAGAGCGAUGAGAAAUGUUGCUCUAACGGCUGCGGCAAAGUCUGCAGAGCUCCCAUCAUGGCCAGUCCUUGUCCGGGUCUCACAAAUGGCCCGUGUAUUGAACAAUGUCGAAGCGACGACGACUGCAGAGAUGGGUACCGCUGCUGUUAUAACGGAUGUGGACAUUCGUGUAUCAGAGCUGUCAAUGGUCCAUAUGAAAAACCAGGCAUCUGUCCGUGGCAUUUGUUUAUUGACCGGAAGGAGCGUUGCGGAAGUACCUGUGACACAGAUUUGGAUUGUUCCGGCCUGGAAAAGUGCUGCCGAAACGGAUGUGGGCGUUCCUGUAGGCAGCCAUGUUUGUUUCGCCGCAACGAUUCUCGCGGGAGAUCUGUGCCAAGACGGGAUUUCACAUGGACGAUGCCCUAUUUCUGCGGACGAGAAUGGAUGCACUGA